AUGCAUGUAGGUGCCAAUUUAAAGCAGAAUGAUGCUAGCUCACUGACAUUGCUCUCUCCUGUUUCUUUACAGCUCUUGUAUGACAACCCAAAAGCCCGUCAGGAAGUAGAGUAUCACUGGCGAGCAUCAGGGUGUCCCCACAUUGUCCAUGUCCUGGAUGUGUAUGAGAAUAUACAUCAUGGAAAGAGAUGCCUCCUCAUCGUCAUGGAAUGCAUGGAGGGAGGAGAGCUGUUUAGCAGGAUCCAGGAGAGAGGAGAUCAAGCUUUCACUGAGAGAGAGGCCUCUGAAAUAAUGAGAGACAUCGGAACAGCCAUCCAGUAUCUGCAUUCAAUGAACAUUGCCCAUAGAGACGUCAAGCCUGAAAACUUGCUUUACACAUCUAAAGAGAAGGAUACAGUACUCAAACUCACAGACUUCGGCUUUGCCAAAGAAACCACUGUACAAAAUGCACUGCAGACCCCCUGUUACACUCCUUACUAUGUGGCCCCAGAAGUCCUUGGUCCCGAGAAGUAUGACAAAUCAUGUGACAUGUGGUCGUUGGGUGUCAUCACAUAUAUUCUCCUGUGUGGGUUCCCUCCAUUCUACUCAAACACUGGUCAAGCCAUUUCUCCAGGGAUGAAGAGAAGAAUUCGGAUGGGGCAAUAUGGGUUUCCCAAUCCAGAGUGGGCUGAAGUAUCAGAGGAAGCCAAACAACUGAUUCGCCAUUUACUGAAGACUGACCCAACAGAGAGAAUGACAGUGUCUCAAUUUAUGAAUCACCCUUGGAUUAAUAGAUCAAUGGCAGUGCCACCAACUCCUCUUCAUACUGCACGGGUCCUGCAAGAGGAUAAAGACCACUGGGAUGAAGUUAAAGAGGAGAUGACCAGCGCUUUGGCUACCAUGAGGGUGGACUAUGAUCAGGUGAAAAUCAAAGACUUGAAAACAUCCAACAACCGCCUCCUGAACAAACGCCGUAAGAAGCAGAAGCAGGCAGGCAGCUCUUCUGCAGCCCCUGGGUGCAAUAACCAAUAAGAAGAGAAGCCAAGGACCUGUGGGUGGAGGGUAAAAGCUAAAAGGAACAAUUUAAAAUCAGUAUGAUCAACUCAGUCCGUACCACAAAGGCAAUGAGACCGUGAAGAAGCUAUCCUGCAAAGAGAAAGCAGGAUGAAUGAUUACAUUUUUGUAACUUGAAUCAGGGCUUUGCUUUUAAAGGCUAAUAAUGUAUAUGACAUGAUUCUGUUGCAUAUUGCUAGGGA